AUGUCUCUGCGGCCGACCCUACAGACCGCCUGCCGGGCGCUCGCGCUGCGAUCCCGACCCUUGGCCCAACGACAGGAACCUCUGGUCUGGGCGGCGACGAAACGAGGAUACUCUGACGAGCUGCGCAAGGGCGAACGGAGUCAGAUCCCGGUGCUGAAGAAGACUGAGAAUGCGGCUUUUCCUCAGGGUCAGGAGGUCCCUGAAUCUGCGCCGGGACAACAGCAGCCAACAAAUGAGGCCCUCGAAGCUGCCGCGGCACUGAGCGAGCUCGCAGAGGCGGCAAAGGGACACAGCGCCGGUCUUCAGGGCGGCCUGACGGAGGCCCAGGAGCAGAUGCUGUACGCCGAGGGCGCCAUCCCGCCUACACAAUCCGACGGCAACGGCCAGCGCGAUCUCGAAAUCAUAGCUAGCGGCGGGCUUCUCGCGCACGCUGGGGACGCCGCCGAGGUCGCCCCGUCACGGUCCUACAAGUUCCCGCUGCCUACGCUCCCUCUGCCGCCCCAUAGCCACCUCAAGUCUCGGUACCACCCCGUGCUAGACCAGUUGACCAACCUGAUGAUGCGAGAUGGCAAGAAGGCCCAGGCGCAAAGAGUAAGUCAAUCCCACUCUGCAACCUUUGACAAGAUCUUGUGUGUCAAGACACUUGGGAAAGAGACCAUGCUGACAUCGCGUGCGCCUACUCAGAAUAUGGCCAUGGUCCUCAACUUCCUGCGAACCUCUCCUCCCCCGAUCAUCAACCCUAAAUACCCGCUCCUCCCCGGCGCCCCGCCGCCGGCGCACCUCCCGCUGAACCCCGUGCUAUACCUCACACUAGCCGUGGACUCCGUGGCGCCCCUCAUCAAGAUCCGCCGCAUUGCGGGCGGAGCCGGUGGUGGCCGGCCCCUGGAACUCCCGGCCCCGCUGGCGGUCCGCCAGAGGCGGCGCGCGGCGUUCCAGUGGAUCCUGGACGUGGUCAACAAGAAGCCGUCCAAGGGGUCCGGCCGGACGCAGUUUGCGCACCGCGUGGCGGACGAGUUGAUUGCCGUGACCGAGGGGCGGUCGUCCGUGUGGGAGAAGCGGUUGGCGCUGCACAAGUUGGGUACGGCAACGCGUGCCAACUUGACUGCUAAGCCUGUCAAGCAGAAUAUGUAA